AUGUUCGUGGUCAAACUCAGCCGCAAGGGCUCCGAGCCUCUUGGCGUGGAGUUCGACAAGAUGGAUCCCGAGAAUCUGAUGGUGGUGAAGCUGACGGGACCUGGGCUGUUGCACACCUACAACGAGACUGCCGACGACGAGAAGAAGGUUUGCUCUGGAGACAAGAUCAAGAGGGUAAACGGCCAGGAGGCGCCGGCAGAAGACCUCAUCGCCUUGCUUGAGAAAGAGGGGCAAAAGUUGACCAUCGUCCUGCAGCACUGCCAGGAGUCAGAGCACUACAUUGAAAAGAAAGGGAGGUCGCUUGGCUUGGAGCUGGCGGUCUCCGAAAAGGCCACCUGCCUAACCGUGCAGCGGAUCGAGGCCAAUGGGCUCAUCGCUGCCUCGAAUCAGGCCGGAAAAGACCGACAGAUAAGAGUUCACGACAAGAUCAUUGCCGUUGACGGCGAGCGCGGGACGGCACCUUGGCUGCGUUGUGAGCAAGGCAUGCUUGCCGGCUGGUAUUUUCAUUGCAGCUUCUGCUGUGAAUCUGCCGUUGCCACUCUUAUCUCGGGUAGAAACUGCCGUGCUGUCGGAUCUCAUGCAGCGUCCUAUGAGGCACCAGAGCUGAUGCGAAAGAUGAAGGACGGGAAUGCACCCAUAGGCAAUGAUUACAAGCUGGCCCGGAAGCUUCAGCAGGAAGAGGAGCGCAAUGCGCGACGGGCUGCCGCGCAGGGCGCCCAAGGUGCCCAGCGGUCCUCACCCGCGCCUCAGAGGUCUGGCUGGCAAGCUGCUGGCAGCGGACGCUCUCUUGGAGGACCCUCAAGUGAGGGAGAAGCCGGCCCCGUGUCUCCGGAAGAGAGAAGGCAGCGAGCCCUAGAGGCGGCAGAACGAAGGCAGAACCAGGUCGCGGGCGUCUCUGAGAAGAAGGUGCAGGAAAUGCGCCAAAAAGAGCAAAAAGACGCACUCCUCGGCAAGCUGGCGGAGCACUACGCUCGGCAAAAGACCGAGAUGCCCAUGGGCCUGUCAGCUGCCAGUGUUGAGCAGCUUCGGCAGCAUUGGGAGACAGUCCGGAAGGGGCCUUCAGAUCUUGGGGCAGACUGUAGCUGGCAAACGUCGAGCCUGGGUUUCACGACACGAGAGUGGGUCCAAGAGCGGUCUCUCUCGCAGCUCAUUGAAAGUCUGGUCCUACUGUACCUUGCCAUGACUCGCACAUGGAUCAAACUGUGGGCGCUAUCUAUGCUGCACUGCGCUCGGAGUCAGACGGAAUGCAUGAGCGAAGGUGGCGAUGCUCAUGGCAUGGUCCAGUUGAGACUAGAGCCCGCUUACAGGAAUGCGACAGCAAACGAGUCGACGUCACUGAAGGCAAGUUCAACCACUGCGACACCGGGUCCUGAUCGAAGCACGUCGGCCAUGCCCGAGCACGAUAUGGCAACCGCCCCGCCAACCAAAGAGCCACCAGCUCUACAGGUGAACAUCACCACCUUCCAUUGGGAACCGCAUUGGCAGUGUGCUGAGGCAGAUUCUGCUUGCACCGCUGCGGCCCUUGCAAGAUUCAAAGAGCUAGUGGAGGAGUCAGGGGCAGAUAUUGUCGGAGCUUUGGAGUUGAAAGGGGCAUCAUCAUCUUUGUCCGGGUGGUCUUCCUCACAUGAGUAUGAAGAUUAUGUUUCAGUCAUGGUUGCACCUGGAUGGCAGGUUUUGAAAGAGGGUGGUGGCAACAUAUGCUGCGAUGGUCAACGGGGCUUGGCUGUGUUGCUGGUCAAGCCACCAAACCCAGUGUCCAACUGUGAAACGCUUUGCGUGAUGGCGGUGCACCCUGGUCAUAAGCCCAUCCAGAGUGGGCAGUCCAUUGUCGAAAGUGUGUGUGGUGACGCAAGGGUCUCUUGCUCGAUUGCAGUAGGAGACUGGAAUGUGGAUGCUGCCGGUGUAACAGGUGGAUCUUUUGACAGUUGGCACCGGCUUGUUGGAGGCAACCCGCCAUCAUUUGUAGUGCCAGACUCGGAAACUUGCUGCUACCCAAGCACAUGCUGCAAGUUCGACCAUGCGGUCACCAACAUUUACGGGGCACAAGUGGUGAAGUUUCAAGUUUGGGGUUAUCAGUUGACGGAUGAGUUCAGCAUGCAAGAGGAACACAUGCCUGUUUCUGUGCGCUUCACCGUGCCCGCGGACGCUACACUGACCAGCUAG